AUGUCCUACUCCUACCAAGUAACCAAGUACCUCCGCACUCUACGCGUUCCCCAAUCACAAAACGAGCGCUACGCCCUCGCCCUUGGCGCCACAGCUCUGCUGAGUAGUUCCUUGUUCUUCCCAGCUGUCUAUCGCGAUUACAAGACCUUCAUCUCCUACGGCCCUGGCGGCGUCCCGAGCAACCUCUUCGGGUGGCUGCUCGUGCGACUGGCUUUCCAGCCCUUUUCCAGAGAAAUGCUUAGCACGCGCGUAUACGACGAACGAGUGACGGCUGGGGAGGGCCACAGCAGCAACAACGAGGGAUUUUUAACAUUAGAGCCACACCAGGCCCGCGAUGUGGAGGAUCGUCCGGUUGUGGGGCCUCACGUUGUUCCCCAACGACAGCUGUCGCAGGUACCAGACGAGGCGGUUAUGCAUGUGAAGAAUCGUCGUAGCGUUCCGCUCGUUCGAGCAUCGAAACAGCCACCUCGUGAAGUUCCAGCGCUCAUGGCAGAGGCACAUGCGGACGGCCUUUUCCUGGCUGAUAAUAUCCCGGCUAGCGGGAUCGCGAAGCAAAUGAAAGGCGAGAUCGCGCAUCUGCAUACUGGAAGGAGAGCACUCUGCUCAUAUGACCCUUCACCCUGCCGAUUUUUGACAGGCAAAAAGGUCAUCGAGGCUGGCUGGGGCCAGCGCCAUGGUUUCGCGGGAACAUCUGCUUUGAAAUUCUUGAGUUUUGGCACUAAGCCUGAUAUUCCAGCCGAGUUCCUCCUGGUGUAUGCUCCCAGGGACGAGACCGAGAUCGAGACUUUCAUGCAAAUUAUGGCUGCGAGUGUGAAGUUUAUGACUGGACGGGAGGAUGUCCGCUUGACUAUUUGA